AUGACUUUACCACCACCUACAAAUACAGACAGCACUUCAAAGAUCAAUACAGACAGGCGUCAUAAACGUACUCAAUCAAUCCAAGUACAUUCGAAACCAAAAUCUCACAUUCGCCAUGGUUCAUUACCCCACUUUCCGCUUCCCCAUCAAUCCACUCAGGUGUCCAUCGAGAUCUUAAACAAGGCCGACAUCACUCAGCAUGCUAGGCCAAAAGAAACAUACGGGCUUGUAGGCGCCUGGUGUGUGUGCGUAGUGGGAGUUGUGUUGUACAACAAACAGCUGAUGGGUAAAGACCAGUAUAAUUUCAACUUUCCAUUGUUGGUCAGUGCAGUACAGGCAGCCAUUACUACCCUUAUAAGCUGGGCAUGGAUAAGUCUAGGCAGUGAUCCAAACCUAAGCACAUCCAUUAAUUCAAACCGUCGAUCCAAAAUGAUUCCAUGCGGAGUAGCUGCUGCACUGGAGAUCGGAUGUUCGAAUGCUUCAUUGGUCUUGGUCAGCCUGUCGUUUUAUACAUUGGUCAAGGCAUCGACACCUGCAUGGACAUUGCUGUUUGGAUAUAUCUUUGGAUUCGAUCGACCUCUUUUUUCAAGUCCGUCUGGCUGGAAGACAAUGGUGGUGAUUUUGGUGCUAGGUACAAGUGGAGUAUUGGCUGUAGCUGGAGAGGCAAACUUUGAUGUGGUUGGGUAUCUGUUAGUCAUGGUGUCUUGCAUCGUCAAGGCGCUUCCUAUAGACCACUUGUUGUCUUUGGAGGUCGGGCCAUCGGAACACCCACUUGUGCAGAUGUGUUGCCUUGGGCCAGUCAUGACCGGGCUGUUAUUUGUCUUGAGUGUUGUGUUUGAAAACCCCUAUGUCCAUUUUCAGCACUCCUACCACUUUGAUAGCAUAGUACAUGUUCUGGAAUCGUUUGGAUUAAUGACAAUUGGUGGUGUACUUGUAUUUGGGUCCGCAUACUGCGAAUUAUCCCUGAAUAGACGGCCCCAGACUAUGAUGCUUGGGGUCGUGAACGUGGCAAGACAAUGGGUCCUCAUUGUACUCUCGGUACUCCUGUACGGUGACACCAUUACUUUGAGAACAAUGGCUAGGUAA